AUGUUCUUGAGGCGGCAUAUUGAUCAAAGCUUGGUAUGGGAGUACCUUCAGUUGAAAACACCCAAAGAACUAUGGGAUGCCCUAAAGGGACGUUUUGGGAAUAUUCAUGACACUUUGCUCCCAGAAUUAACUAUCCAGUGGAAUGAAAUCCGCUUACUUGACUACAAAAGGGUUAAUGACUUUAACAGUGAUAUGUUGCGCCUGAAAGCACGUCUCAAUUUCUGUGGCAAUGAACUCACGAAAGAUGAUAUGAUCCAGAAAACUCUAUCCACUUUCCCUACUUCGGCCCUUAUACUAGCGAACCAGUAUAGGUUGGAGUAUGACAACAAAAGAAUCACUACCUUCCAUAAAUUGAUCACCAUGUUGCAAGUAUCUGAGCAUCAUGAUCAAGUUCUUUUGAACAAUAAUGUCAGACCUAUGAGGACAAAGAAAAUUCCCAAAGCUAACUAUGGCAAGGUGAAGGAUGGAAAAAACCCUAAAGUAAAGGGGAUUGGACGUGCUGACCCUUACACACGUGGGGGCAAUACCCCACGUGGAAAAGGAUAUUGA